UGUGCAUCAUCCGUGCGCAUGCGCUAAGCAUUCAAAGGAAGGAAGCAAUGUCGGUAGAUGAUCCGUUUUUCGUUGUAAAGGGGGAGGUGCAGAAGGCCCUUUCUCGUGCCCGUGGUCUGUUUGAUAGAUGGGAGGAACUGUUACAGGAGGGGACACAGGUGAGUCGGGAUGAGCUGGACUGGAGUGCCAAUGAGCUGAGGAACUGUCUAAGAGCCAUCGACUGGGACCUGGAGGACCUCAGUGAAACUAUCAGCAUUGUGGAGUCAAACCCAGGGAAGUUCAAGCUGGGUGAAAAUGAACUUCAGGAGAGGAGAGACUUUGUGGAGCGAACCAGGAAGUCUGUUCAGGAGAUGAAAGAUCACUUGUCCAGCCCCUCCGCUGUGGCUCAGGCAGAGAAAAAGAACAGACAGGAACAGGACCGGUCAACUGGGUUGGAGGCUCAUCUGGUGUCGGCCAACUCUAGGUACAUUCAGGAGCAGCAGGAGCAGCAGCAGCUGAUCAUGCAGGAGCAGGAUGAGCAGCUGGAGUUGGUGUCCGGAAGCAUCAGAGUCCUCAAAGACAUGUCUGGACGUAUCGGAGACGAGCUCGAUGAGCAGGCCGUCAUGUUGGGGGAUUUUGGAGAUGAGAUGGACCAGACAUCAUCCCGCAUGGAUUCGGUCCUGAAGAAGCUAGAGAAAGUUUCUCACAUGACCAGCAGUCAGAGACAGUGGUGUGCCAUCGGCGUGCUGGUCGUCAUCAUGAUUGUCGUCCUCAUCCUCUUUUUUGCUGUUUGAAGACCUCUGACCUCUUGAUGAUGUUCACCUGCUCCUCCCUGUCAGGAUGAAUUGGCAGAAACGGAUGGAAAGAAGGAGGUCUCCUCCUUCCCCCUUCAAUCACUCCCUUUAUUCACAUUGAGGAGAACAUGGCGACCUGCAGAGAAAGGUUUGCACGUGAUCGUCUGGUGGGAAGAAGAAAAGCAGGUGUCUCAGCAGCAGAACUGGACUAGAGAGAAAGCUGAUGGUUUUAUCUUUUUUUUUUUUUUUUGUAUUUGAGCAUUGCAGUUAUUGUUGGAAAUGAUGGUACGUGAUGGGGAGAAAUGUUGGGCUAAAACACAAAUCUGUACAUUUUCUUGCUUCCUAGAGAUUAUUUACAUCAGUUACUAAGAAGAGUGGGGUUUGGAAAAAUACACUCACAAGUAAUUAAUCAAGAUAAAAUGGUAAACACCAUGAAACUGUAAACAUGCCAUUCUAUCAAAGGAGGGUUUAUAGAUAAAAAAGUACUUUCAGAUCAUGUUUUAAAUAUUAAACUCAUAAAAUCUAUCUGCUUGUGUUUUAACCCAACGCAAAAAUGUUUCACAGGCUCAACGAGUGGUGGGCUGUUGCCUUAAAUAUAUUUUUAUACAAUUUUUAAACCGUGCAUUAUGUUCAUGCGCCUACCUGCAAGUUAAAACAAAGAAUACAUUUCCUACCGAUUAUCAGUAAAAAAAAAAAAAAAGCAGUGUUGGGGCAGCCUCAGGCAGUUGUUUUUCUAGUCCAACACGUCUGACAACUCCGUUGAGGAGGAUGUCUUAGUCAUACCAGAAAACCGUGAUCUGUGUGGACAAAACAUCAGACAUCUAUCCCUGUUAUAGAUGCAGUUUGUGCUUUUUCAAAGAACGUACAGAUUCUUGCAGAAAACAGUUCAUUUUUCAUCCUGAAAAAGAUCGGGUUAAGCCGGGUGGGCAGCAACUCGCCUCUGUAUGCCGUCAGACGUUUAACUGUGUGAUUGGCUGGUGCUUUGUUACUCUCGCUGGCUGAUGAGAGAUGGCCUUGGCUCGGAGCGAAUGGGUUUGCCUCUUUUAUUCAAAAGCAUCUGCUAAUGAGGAGAAAUAGUUGCUGGGCAAGAUGUUUCUUUGUGUGGCCCAGAGUUAGGCUAACAGCUCCCUCUGCUGGAGGCUGAGGGUUAUGUCCAUUAUUUUUCAGGCAACACUAAAGAGCUGUAUCAUAACCACAAUGCUUUCAUUCGUAUGUUUGUGUUUAAGUACAUUUAUAUUACUGUACCGAGGUUUUCUAUUGGCUCAAUUUUUGCUCUUAACUCAUUGUAAUCCAAAUAUCUUAAUGCGAACAGUUGAUUUGGGAUCCAUUUGGAGGAAAAACAAACUUUCCGUCGUCUUUAAAUUGGGUCAAAUUCAGGAUGCAUUAUUUUCCAUAAAGUUGGGCCUUGAAGAUAAAAGCCUCCUUCCUACCAGAGCCAAGUGAGGAUUAUUCCUCUUGGUACGUGUGCUUUUUACAUAUUUAAGCCAUUAUGGUUCAGUGGAAGACACUGACAAACACAUUUUUUAAAAGUCCUCAGAACGUUUUCCACUUCUGUGUCACUGUUAACAUUUCUCGGAGUAAACUGGAGUUCAGUAACGAUUAAAGUAUCAGUAACUUUUUAACAAAACUGCUUUUUGCUGCUGAGCUUGAGGCACAAAUCUGUGUAUAUUUCAACAUCUGAUUUCACUGUACUAUCCUGUAAAAAACACAGAAGUAUCAUUAAGAUAAAACAGAAUACAAUUAUUUGCAAAUCAUGUUCAAAUUAUAUGCAAUUGAAUAAAUUAUAAAGACAAUAUUUAAUGUUCACACUGAUAAAUUUAAAUAAAAAAGCGAGGACAGGGGCUUGUUUACCACUGUUACUUCACCUUUCCUUUUAACAUCACUCAAUAUGCGUUUGGGAACUGAGAACACAAAUUGUUUGUAGUUUGUAGUUUGAGUUCUUUCCCAUUCUUGCUUGAUGUACAACCUCAGUUGUUCAACAGUCCGGGGUCGCUGUUGUAUUUUGUGCUUCAUAAUGUGCCACAUGUGGGAGGACAGGUCUGGACUGCAGGCAUGCCAGUCUAGCAGCCACACUCUUUUACUACGAAGCCAAGCUUUUGUAACAUAUGCAGAAUGUGGCUUGGCAUUGUCUUGCUGAAAUAAGCAGGAAGGUCCCUGAAAAAGGCGUUGCUUGGAUGACGGCAUAUGUUGAUCCGACACCUGAAUGUACCUUUCAGCAUUGAAGGUGCCAUGGGCACUAAAACACCCCAAUAACAUCACAGAUGCUGACUUUUGAACUUUGGGCUGAUAACAAUCCAGAUAGUCAUUUUCCCCUUGGCCCGGAGGACACAACAUCCAUGAUUUCCAAAAACAAGUUGAAAUGUGGACUCAUCUGACCACAACACACUUUACUACUUUGCGUCAGUUCAUCACAGAUGAGUUUGGGGCCAAAGAAGCUAGCGGCAUUUCUGGGUGUUCAGGCUUUCACUUUGCAUGGUAGUUUUAACUUGCACUUGUAGAUAUUGUGACAAACUGUGUGAACUGACAACGAUUUUCUGAAGUGUUUCUGAGCCCACGUGGUGAUAUUUGUUACAGAAUGAUGUCAGUUUUUAAUGUAGUCCUGAGGAAUCGAAAGUCACCGGCAUUCAGUGUUGGUUUUCGGACUUGCUGCUUACGUGCAAAGAUUUCUCCAGAUUCUCUGAAUUUUUUCAUGAUAUUGUGGACUGUAGAUGAUGAGGUCCCAAAAUGCCUUAUAUUUGAUCACGCAGUUGUUCACACAGUGGUGAACCUCCCCCAACCUUGCUUGUGAACAAUUGAGCCUUUUGGGGAUGCUCCAUUUAUACCCAAUCACGACACUCACCUGUUUCCAAUUAACCUGUUCACCUGUGGAACAGGUGGAACACCCAAACAGGUGUUUUUUGAGCAUUCCUCAACUUUCUCAGUCUUUUGUUGAACCUGUCCCAUCUUUUUUGGAAUGUGUUGCAAGCAUGAAAUUGAAUGAAAAUGAGUCAAUAUUAAAAAAAAAAAACAAGGUUUACCAGUUAACACAUAAAAAUUAAAUGUCUUUGUCAUGUAUUCAUUUGCAUAUGGGUUGAACUGUAUUCUGUUUUUAUUUCUGUUUUACACAGCAUCCCAACUUCAUUGGAUCUAGGGUAGUAAAUAUGUGCCAUUUGUCAGGAUUUAUCCACCUACUACUGAUGUUUUUCAGUCAAGAUUAUCAUUGUGCUCAGUUCAUUGUGACCAUCAGCAAAAAACUAUGGGAUGAUUUUUUUUGUUUUGUUUUGUCACUGUUCAUGUUACUGAGCUGCCAUUUUUACAUGUGUUUACAAGUGUACAUUCUGAUCCCAAAAAUAACCUGAGCAUUGUCUGACUGCAGCUUCUUGGUGUAAUUUGUUUUAUUACAUUUACUCUUCAGGAAGUAAUCAACUAAUGUGUUUGAAUGAAAACAGUAUUUUGAGUCUCUAUGUGAUUUUUCUUUUUUCUUUCUUUUUAAAGUAUACAAAGCUUUCACUUGCUUGAAGAUGUUGUACAAGUGAGUUUUAAUUGAGAGCCACUCAUCAAAAUGCAAACUUCAUUUCCUUCUGUAGAGAGUGGAACCAUCAUGUGAAAUUGCAUUUAGUUGAGCUGGAAUGAGCAGAGUGUGGGUCCCCUGUGCCUGGACGAACCAUGAGUAGUUCUGAAAAUAAACCGAGUGCAGUGCUGAGACUGACGUAUUUACAUGUUACAGAGGCUCAGUAGUGCUGCUCGAACUAAAAGGCACAAAACAACUCUCCACUGCUAAUAAACAGCCAAAAGGUC